UCUCUGUUUUGUCUUCAAGGUCCACUGUCAAGAUACUUGGACAAGCGGGAAUACUCAGUAACAGAGAAGACUAAGGAGGAAAAGAGUGUGGCUCUCAGUGAAUCUCAAAGGGAUUAAUCAAAUAAAACAUAUCCUCUCUAACUGGAACAAAGUCGUACAAAGGCUCAGACAGUUUGGACACAGAUUCAUCAAGCAUUUGGAUGACCAUAUUUGGACAAACCGACAUUGAAGGAGAGAAACAUCUUUCCACAGGUUGAAACUACGACAAGUGGGAUAUCACAACUGAUCCUUGAGAAUCAACCUGAAGCCAGUUUCUAUUGAGACAUAAGACAUUUAAGUCAUAAGAUCACAACACAUCAUAGCACAGGGAGAGACAAGGUUGAAGGAAUUAUCAGAGGUGACCUCUACACAUACGGGACUCUAACAGAUCACACAGGCCCAACCAUGGAGGAGAGAAGGCGUGUGGGCUACUGUGUUCACAGAGAGGUGCUGGAUGAGGGAAAAGUGGACCAGUUGGCUGAGAAAUCAGAUGUUAGAGUCCCUUUCUCUGAAAAAAUCAGAGAGUCAUUGAGGUGUUCUGGCCCCAAGCUGAAGAGUUGUAUGUUGUCGUCUGUUCCUGUCCUCUCCUGGCUGCCUCGCUACUCCCUCAGAGACAACGCCAUCGGAGACCUGAUCUCAGGCAUCAGUGUGGGCAUCAUGCACCUACCACAAGGGAUGGCCUAUGCUCUGCUAGCAGCAGUGCCACCAGUGUUUGGUCUCUACUCUUCCUUUUACCCCAUCCUCAUCUACUUCAUCUUUGGGUCAUCCAAACACAUCUCUGUGGGUACAUAUGCAGUGAUGAGUGUGAUGAUCGGGGGAGUGACAGAGCGCUUGGCCCCAGACACUAACUUCAUGAUGUAUGAUAACGCCACCAAUCAGAGUAUGGUGGAUGUUUUGGCCCGAGACACAGAGCGGGUGAAAGUGGCUGCUGCCGUUACUUUCUUGUCCGGCCUCUUCCAGAUGCUCCUGGGCCUGGUUCAGUUUGGCUUUGUGGUGACCUACCUGUCUGAGCCCCUGGUCAGAGGGUACACCACCGGAGCAGCCAUCCACGUCAUCGUCUCUCAGCUUAAGUACACCUUUGGCAUCAGUCCAAAACGCCACAGUGGACCCUUCGCCCUGAUCUUUACGGUGAUAGAGGUGUGCUAUCUGGUGCCAGAAACCAACAUAGGCACUCUAGUGGUGAGCCUGGUGUCCAUCAUUGGCCUUGUCAUGGUCAAGGAGCUCAACACCUACCUGGGCAAAAAGCUGCCAGUACCCAUUCCUGUAGAGCUGCUAGGGAUCAUCAUCGCCACGGUGGUCUCCUGGCAGGUCAACCUGGAGGGGAAGUAUGGAGUGGAAGUGGUGGGAGAGAUCCCCUCUGGUCUACAGCCCCCUGUCAUGCCUACAGCCUCUCUAUUUGGGCAGGUGAUAGGUGAUGCCUUCGCUCUGUCUGUGGUUGGCUACGGCAUUGCCAUCUCCCUCGGACGGAUCUUUGCCCUAAAAUAUGGCUACAAAGUUGACAGCAACCAGGAAUUGAUAGCCCUGGGUCUCAGCAACACCAUUGGAGGGGUGUUUCAGUGCUUUGCAAUCAGUUGCUCCAUGUCCCGCACCAUGGUACAGGAAAGCACUGGGGGCAAGACUCAGGUGGCGAGUGCUCUUUCAGCCAUGGUGAUUCUGGUCAUCAUGCUGUGGAUUGGGGCUCUCUUUGAAGAGCUGCCAAAGGCCGUGUUGGCAGCCAUAAUCUAUGUGAACCUGCAAGGGAUGAUGAAGCAGUUCAUGGACAUCCCAACUCUGUGGAAGAGCAAUAAAGUGGAUAUGCUGGUGUGGGUGGCCACUCUGAUCCUGACCGUGCUCUUCAACCCUGACAUUGGCCUGGCAGCCUCCAUUGCCUUCUCCAUGCUCACGGUCAUCUUCAGGACCCAGCUGCCGAAGUACUCCCUCCUAGGGCAAGUCCCUGAGACCGACAUCUACAGACCAGUGGAGAACUAUAAUCAGGUGAAUGAGAUCCCUGGUGUGGUGAUCUUCCGCUCCUCUGCGACUCUCUACUUUGCCAACGCGGAGAUGUACCAAGACGCCCUGGCAGAGAAGAGUGGGAUUGACAUCACCAAGCUCAUCUCCCAAAAGAAGAAAGCAGAGGCCAAGAGACUGAGGAAGGAAAAGAAAGAGGCCAGGAAAGCCAAGAAGGACGCAAAGAAGAAUGCACAGGAAUGGGAAGGCGAGCCAGACAGUUCGGAGAACGAGGUGGAGAAGGGUGUGGCCACAGUGGAGGAAGGGAGUAAACCUGACUCCACCCUUCCUCGUGCCAUCAUCCUGGAACUGAGUCCAGUCAACUUCCUGGAUACUGUGGGCGUCAAGACUCUACGCAAUAUCCAAAGAGACUACGGUGAUAUCGGUGUAGAGGUAGUCCUGUGUGGAUGUCAGACUGGUGUUAUUGAGAACCUGGAGAGUGGAGGGUUCUUCCGUGAGAAAGUCAGCAAAGCAUGUCUCUUCUCCUCAAUCCACGAUGCAGUGCUUCACUGUCAGACAGACAGGGCCAAGAUGAACAAAGAUGACGAGGAAAUGCAAGUGACUCAUUUCUGAAUACUGAGGGUAAUGGAGGCAUCUUACUGUAUGGGACUUGGGUACUUAUUAAAAAGUUCAGAAUACUUGACAUUCAUAUUAUGUCCACAUAUUUUGACACAGAAAGAAAGUAUGAAAGAAAGAAAGUAUCAAAACGAGACACAGAUACAAACACUUCAACGAGACACACAAACCUUGACAACCCCAGAUGAAUGUUAGCCUUGUACUCCAUGCAAUGUGCCAAGGAUGUACAUUGAAACAGAAUAGUAUUAUUCUAUGACCUUCCUAUAAGCAAACAGAUACACCUUUGGGGAAACUUUUAUAUUGAAAUAUAUUUACAUUUUCUGUGCUAAAUAAACUAUUGUAUAUGUAUUGUUUAAAUUGUUAACAAAUAAAAUAAGCAUCUAAAAACAUGUUUCUCUUCAUACCUAACUUUAUAGUUGUUGUAGGAAGAAUAGUGUUAUAGUUAUACAAUCUGUUGUGAUUGUCAACAUACAUGUUUGAUGCUAUAUUGCAGAGAUGCAUUGUGUUCAGAGUCAUGUCUAUAUCAGUUCGUUGUCAAAUGUUCAAAUGUCAAUCAAAAUAAUGACUUAAUGUUCAAUAGUAUCUGCAUGUGUCAUAUAAUCUUCAUUUACUGAUGUAGCUUGUGCUCAGGAUGCAGAGCAUGAUGUAUAGGUAAGCUGUUAUCUCAUGUUCUACCACCCAAGGCAGUGUUCAGAGUGUCAACAACAUAUGCUGCCUAUAUCUCUUAAAGGCACAGGCAGGAGAGAGUGUUAGAAAAGACUAUAUGAUACCGAGAGACUGAGAAACAGCUUCUGUCACCAGGCCAUUAGACUGUUAAACAGCCAUCACUAGCAAGGUACCUUCCCGGUACUCUGCCCUGCACCUUAAGACUAAUGCCCCAUGUAUAGAGAGAUAUUUAACACUGGCCACUUCAUAUACACUUCAUAUACUGUUUACUCUCUGUGUAUGUACAGUUGAAGUUAGAAGUUUACAUAUACUUAGGUUGGAGUCAUUAAAACUAGUUUUUCCAACCACUGCACAAAUUUAUUGUUAACAAACUAUAGUUUUGGCAAGUGAGAUGUUUACAUACGCUAAAGUUGACUGUGCCUUUUUACUAGGAUUAAAUGUCAGGUAUUGUGAAAAACGGAGUUUAAAUGUAUUUGGCUAAGGUGUAUGUAAACUUCCGACUUCAACUGUAUUUACUGUAUUCUCAACAUAACUCAUCCUAAUAUACCUACUACUGUACACACCAUUUCCAACUGUAUUUACUGUAUUCUCAACAUAACUCAUCCUAAUAUACCUACUACUGUACACACCAUUUCCAACUGUAUCUACUGUAUUCUCAACAUAACUCAUCCUAAUAUACCUACUACUGUACACACCAUUUCCAACUGUAUUUACUGUAUUCUCAACAUAACUCAUCCUAAUAUACCUACUACUGUACACACCAUUUCCAACUGUAUCUACUGUAUUCUCAACAUAACUCAUCCUAAUAUACCUACUACUGUACACACCAUUUCCAACUGUAUCUACUGUAUUCUCAACAUAACUCAUCCUAAUAUACCUACUACUGUACACACCAUUUCCAACUGUAUUUACUGUAUUCUCAACAUAACUCAUCCUAAUAUACCUACUACUGUACACACCAUUUCCAACUGUAUUUACUGUAUUCUCAACAUAACUCAUCCUAAUAUACCUACUACUGUACACACCAUUUCCAACUGUAUUUACUGUAUUCUCAACAUAACUCAUCCUAAUAUACCUACUACUGUACACACCAUUUCCUUUUCCAAAUGAUAUACAGUUGAAGUCGGAAGAUUACAUACACCUUAGCCAAAUACAUUUAAACUCAGUUUUCCACAAUUCCUGACAUUUAAUCCUAGUAAAAUUCCCUGUUUUAUGUCAGUUAGGAACAGCAAUUUAUUUUAAGAAUGUGAAAUGUUAGAAUAAUAGUAGAGAGAAUUAUUUAUUUCAGCUUUAAUUUCUUUCAUCACAUUCCCAGUGGGUCAGAAGUGUACAUAUACUCAAUUAGUACAUGGUAGCAUUGCCUUUAAAUGGUUUAACUUGGGGCAAAUGUUUCGUGUAGCUUUCCACAAGCUUCCCACAAUAAGUUGGAUGAAUUUUGGCUCAUUCCUCCUGACAGAGCUGGUGUAACUGAGCCAGGUUUGUAGGCCACCUUGCUCGCACACGCUUUUUCAGUUCUGCCCACACAUUUUCUAUGGGAUUGAGUUCAUGGCUUUGUGAUGGCCGUUCCAAUAUCUUGUCUUUGUUUGUCCUUAGACCAUUUUGCCACAACUUUGAAAGUAUGCUUGGGGUCAUUGUCCAUUUGGAAGACCCAUUUGCAACCAAGCUUUAACUUCCUGACCGAUGUCUUGAGAUGUUGCUUCAAUAUAUCCAUAUAAUUUUCAUACCUCGUCAUGAUUCCAUCGAUUUUGUGAAGUGCACCAGUCCCUCCUGCAGCAAAGCACCCCCACAACAUGAUGCUGCCACCCCCGUGCUUCACGUUUGGGAUGGUGUUCUUCGACUUGCAAGCCUCCCCCUUUCUCCUCCAAACAUUACGAUGGUCAUUAUGGCCAAACAGUUCUAUUUUUGUUUCAUCAAACCAGAGGACAUUUCUCCAAAAAGUAUGAUCUUUGUCCCCGUGUGCAGUUGGAAACCGUAAUCUGUCUUUUUUAUGGCGGUUUUGGAGCAGUGGCUUCCUCCUUGCUGAGCGGCCUUUCAGGUUAUGUCGAUAUAGGACUCAUUUGACUGUGGAUAUAGAUACUUUUGUACCAGUUUCCUCCAGCAUCUUCACAAGGUCCUUUGCUGUUGUUCUGGGAUUGAUUUGCACUUUUCGGCACCAAAGUACUGUCACGACUUCCGCCGAAGUUGGUUCCUCUCCUUGUUUGGGCGGCGUUCGGCGUCGCCGGUCUUCUAGCUAUCAUCGAUCCAUUUUUAAUUUGUUUUGUCUUGUCUUCCCACACACCUGGUUCCAACUCCAUCAUUACAUGUUGUGUAUUUAACCCUCUGUUCCCCCCAUGUCCUUGUCCGGUAUUGUUUAUUGUAAGUGCUUGUGCACGUUUAUCUGGUGGGCGACGGGUUUUGUACCCAUUGAUUGUUUGUUCUGUUUCCGGUGGUUUUUAUUAUUAAACUUCUCUGUUGUAACACUGUU